GGCGGCGGUGCGGUAUACAAAAGGCUGGUGCGACAUUGUUAUGUUAUGAGUCAUUGGCAGAAUUUAUUCAAAAUAAUAUUUUGCUUGGUGGCACCAAUAUACAAGCACAAGCGUGUUGUUAUCAACAAUGUAUUAACAUUUUUCACUGAAUUGAAAAUAGAUUCCGAAAAGUUACAAAGUGUUAAUUUCUGCCGUUCUCGUGAACUUGCUGCGGCGAUAUGUGGUGUGAGCGUUAGAACUUUUACACUAUCGAUAACGCUUAUCGACAACAAUAAUGCGCGUCACUAUGAUCGCCCGGCCCUUGAGUGCAAGAGAGAGCGCAAUAUUCCGAUAAUUUAUGACCCAAAGUGCACGGACAAAAUAAUUCUAGUAUAGAUAUACAGAUGGCGGUAAACUAAUUCUCAUGAAAAGAGCGCUAUUUUUAUUUAUUUAUUCUUUAUUGCAUUCCUUAAUCUAAAAGAAUACAAAGGGCGGACUUAAUGCCUUGUGGCAUUCUCUACCAGUCAACCCAUGGAGUGGUGAGAAUUUGAAGUAGGUGUAGCAAUAUAGAAUAAAAACAAAAUAGAAAUGUAUAAUUAAUUACGUUAUAUAUACAUUUUACUAAUAUAUACAAUAAAUAAACUAUAAAAAUAUAUCCUAUUUAUACAUGUAUACAAAUAUAUACGUACAUACAUAAGCAUACAUAUAUUCAUACCAACAUAAAUAUACAAAUAAUACAUAUAAAUAACUAUAAAUAUAUACGUCUAAAAUAUAAAUGACAUGGAUGAUUCAUCUAAGAAGCGUUGUCUUUAACAGAUGAUUACGCACCAACUUUUUAAAAGCUUUUCUGAUGUCGUCAGGCAAGGAAUUCCAAAGGCGUGCAGCCUGAACUGUAAAGGAGUUACCAUAGAACUUGGUGAAGUGAACUGGAAUACAUAUUUUGUUGUUAGAAGACGAACGUAGAACCCUAUCAUGAGAUGAGGAGAGAUAGUGAAAUUUACUCUUAAGAUAAGAAGGCGAAAAUAGGUCAUUUAAUAUGGAAAAAAGAACAAGUAAUAUUCUGAAAAUACGCCUCUGCCGGAUUGUAAGCCAAUUAAGCUUAGAUCUAUAUUGCGAAAUAUGGUCAUACUUACGAAGCCCGAAAAUAAAUCUUAUACAGUUAUUGAGAAGGCGUUCCAGCUUGUUCAGAAGAUCCUGGGACAGAUCCCGGGUAACACACAUCUGCAUAAUCAAUUAUGGGUAAUAUGAGUGAUUGGACAAGCAUGAUCUUAGACUUUGUGGGGAGAAAAUGUUUUAAACGAUACAGAGUACGUAACGUAGCAGUGACUUUACGACUGACUUCAGUAACCUGAGUUCUCCAAUUCAGCGUGUUGUCAAUGUGUAGGCCAAGAUUUUUUACAGACUUACUGAACGGUUUUGUACUCCCAUUGUAGUAGAUAGAGGGUAUGUCUGCAAGAUUAAUCUUGGCUAGCAUCCUUGAGCUUCCCACCAGUAUAGCUUGGCAUUUUGAAGGAUUGACCAAUAGUAAGUUGUUAUUUCAUUUUUUAAUCCCAUUAUGGAUAUCCCCAAUUUCAGCUUGCACGUAUAGCUGAAGGUCAUCCCAGGUCAUGAAGGACCCAUAAUUGGGUUUAAUGUUCGAAAUAACUAUAACUUAUAAACGUAGACUUACAGCAGAGGAAUCCACCACCACAAAAUAAGGAAAUUAAGGAGAAUUAACCAAAUACCGAAAAGCACUCACAAGUACGUGUUAACCAUUCGACCGUUGGCCAUAGACCCUUAAUAAAACAUGUAAUGGAGAUUUGAUGCUGUCAAUGGCUGUCAAAUUGAGUUUUUUUUGGCGGGAACUUGACCGGCGGUGGUUUGCUGCUCCUGUAUUAUUGUUUAAAUAAUGGUUUGAAGUGGACUUUGAUAUAUAAAAGUGGUGCGAUUUUGUGUAGUAAGUGUCUGCGCAUGUGAACUAUUAGUGAAAACUGUGAAACAAGUGCUCUGAUGGUGAUGGAUUCUCAAGAUAAGCUGUUUGUUUGCAUAGGCGCCUUAAGAUACCAUCGCCAACUGUCAGCUGCCUGCCGGCUCAAGUUGCCGUCAAAAUUUCCCAAGGGCUGCACAAUGUGACGCAUCAACAUAUUGUGAAGCAGUGAACUAUGAAGGAUAAUUAUACAUGAAGACAAGGCUGUAUGGCGUAGUUCUUUUGCCUGCUCUCUCGAGCGAAUGAUAAAAACAACAACAACAACAACUGUCAAAUUGACUGGUAACUUUCAAUCCUGUCAUGCGCCUAAAAUAUUACUUUGUUUUGGUUUUGGAUUAUAAUAUUUGGCAUAAUAACUGCCUGCCUUACUGCAUUUUAUUGUUUUUGAAACUCCUGUUUAUUGAUGUAAAAGUGAAUCCAAUUAUAUUAAAGCUAUAGGAAACAAGAAUGGCCUUUAGUGAAAUUUGUAGAAUUUGUUUAUGCAUUAAUGUACGCAUGUUUGUUCUAAAGAAGACUAGUCUCCGUAAUUUGUAUAAAACAUUGACGAACAGUUUUGUAAGUUUGUUAAUAUUUCUUAAUACUGAAGAUUAGAUUAAUUAUCGCCCUAGAAAUACCGUAUAACUUGCCUGAUAUAAAAUGAGAUAGAUCGGGCUAAGCUAAGGUGCAGCUUUAAAUAUAGUGCAACCAGACAAAUGCAACCAGAUUCUGAAAAACAACAACUAGCCAAAAAUCCUACUACGUAUUUGAAGAGAAACCGAGACAUAGUAGUUUGUAACACGUGUUAGAGCCCGUGGGCUCAACUUCCACGCGACCCGCACUGCGGUUUAGAUAUUUUCGCGGUGGCUGUUCUAGUACAUAUUAUUACAAUUUCUGAGUAUUAUUGCGAUUUUCUAUUAAGAAAUUAACAUCCACCCAUAUUUGGAGUAUUAAAGUUGGAGAUUAGUGCACAUGUGCUUACAGAUACAGAAAUUCCCUCACUCUCAUAUUUCUCAUUUUCCUAUCAGGCAGAAAUCAGAGAAGGGAAUAAUGUGCACAUGUGUUUGCUUACACACACAUGCAAUAUAAUCCUGUCAUGCACUGAUAAAUAGUCUCCAUUGUGACAUGUGUGAAAUUCUGUCUGUAGAGCAUUAUUAUCAUUAUUUUAUAUGUAGUGGAGCCACGCUGUAGCUGUAUUAUGGUUGUAUCACAGGCUGGUCAGCUAUACAGGGGUGGUGUCAUGCUCGUUCAGAAUACCGGCAUUAAAUAGCAGCUUAAUGCUGCUCUGACUUGUAUGGUGAGUGUAGAGAACCGGACAUCCUUUUUACUGAGGCAAGGUGUUCCGUCUUGGUCCUCAAGGGUCAACAGCACAUCUGCAUUUUGGUUUUUAAUUGGGGAUAAAUUGUAGAUGUCUGUGGGCAUUCACUUACCAUCAGGUGGACUGUGUGCUCGGUUGUCACUCUUAUGUAUAAAAAAAAAUUAGCAGGGCGGCAGUUGAAACAACCGAUAUAAGCUGAAGCUUUUUACAUCUAAGUUAUUUAGUGAUCUUAUGUUAUGACCUCUAAUAAGUUUGUUGUAUAGCCUAGAGGCCAAAAAGUCAAAAUGUCUUCUAAACACAGCACUAUUUGGUCUUGGAACAGGAGAUCGUUCCAUCCUUUUUUUUAAAUUUAAUUUAGGGACAGUGAGACAAUGAUAUCUCCUUAAACUUUGAAAAAGAAAUAUUUUGCAAACAGAUGACACUUUCUCUCUGUCAUAUACAGAUACUGUGGAUUGGUGAAAUGGUAUAUGAAAGAUUACUUUUAAGAUACUUAGCUCUUUGUACACGUUCAACCUUAAUUACAUAACUUUUAGUGGCACCGCCCCAAGAACAAAUGCAGUAAUUAAAGACACACUCUCCCAGUGCUUUGUAUGUUUUAAUGAGUAGUUUGUGAUUGGUCACUGUCCGUAAACUUUUAAAUAUAUAAAUGAAUAUUCUUAGUUUUUUAGCCACUGCAUCAGUAUGGGCCUCCCAAGUUAAUUUAUGUCAAUUAUUACACCAAGAUAUCUGAUCAAAUGUGUUGUGACUAAAUUACUACAUUGAUAUAGUGUUAAGUUUACAGUGCGAUUGCAAGGGUACCUGUGGAUAGUAAUUUUAAAGUUUCUAGUUGGAAAAAAAAGCAUUAAUCUUACCGAAACAUAGGUAACAAUAAGGGAUAGUAAAUUAUCUUCAAGCCAACUAGUCACUAAUGUAAGACCAUUUUCUGUGAGUUGUGCUACUUUAUCCCAAGGGUCGCCAUGAAAAAUCAAUACAGUAUCGUGAGCAAAAAUAGUUAAAUUGGCAUUUUUUAUAUUGAUUUUACACAAUUCAUUGACAUAAAGAAGAAAGAGUGAAGGACCUAAGAAACUUCCCUGUGGUACACCGUAAGAGCAAGAGGAAGUGCUGAUUUAUUUGUAAAUUCUGACUCGUGGGCGUCUAUCUGAUAGAUAGUCCCUAAACCAGUUAUAGACAACACCUCUUAUACCCAAGUUUUCCGAACGGUUGAGUGGUAUGGGAAUCGAAACUGUAUCAAAGGCUAAAAAUAACAGGCUGUGAAGCAUUACAUCUUAGUCCUCAGAGGUAACAUUGCAUCUGUAGCCUUUGCUUGAAGUUCGUUGCAGGUGCCUAUGGGCUGCAGCAGCCACUUACCAUCAGGUGGAUUGUAAGUUUAUUUGUUACUUCAAUGUUGUAAAAAAGCGAUGUUGAUGAAGAGAAUUGUGUGUUUAUUACAAACUUGUAUAUUUAAGUAGUUUUCCAAAUUUAUGAUGAACUUUCAUAUUUUCAGAUGGAUGAGGAUGAGGAGCCCAUUAUUGUCUGUUUCACCUGUCAUGCAAGACUCAUUCAUUGCAGUACAUUGCAACAACAGGCUAUUGAGUCAAAAACAGUUCUGGAGCAGUUGCUUGCAGGAGGGUCCAUGGUAUUACCCAUUCCACCCAUUAAAAACUAUAUAAGUCUCACAUUGAUUGCUUCAUAGGAGCGAUUUUACCAAAUUUGCCAUGCUUGGCAGGUUGGUAACUGCAGUUUAUAUUGUUCUGAGUCGUUAUCAGGAAGAUGCUGUUACCCAACUCCUAUUUCUGUUUCCCUAUGUUGCAUCUUAUGGGGAUCGAACCUGGGUUGCUCGUGUACUAUGAAGCUUACAUCGAGCGCUAACCAUCUGAGCUAUCACGGCUCUUUAUACUCUAUUGUAUAUAAACGAAAUAUUAGCUAUAUGUAAUAUUACUCAGUAAACAAAAAUCAACAAAGAUCUUUGUCAAUUUACAGCAUUCGUGAAUCUGUUUCGAAAAAUUGUUGAGACUCGAUGCUCGGGAUGGAUGAACUAUCUUCAUUCUUAUUUAAUUAUAUUUGUAACCCUCCUUUCGUCUGGAUUUUAUUAAUAUUUGGACUUGUUGUCAGGAAGAUGCUGCUGCCCAUCUCCUGUUUCAGUUUCCCGCUGUCCCUUUUUAAGACAUCUGCGGGAUGGUAUGAUAGUAUGGAUUCUCCUACAGCACCACUACACUGGCUUUUUCUCUUAUUUAAAAUAUUUUUUUGGUUUCAGUCAAUACCAAAUCAUGAGGCUAGAGAUAAGAUUCAAUUCACACCAAUUAGUCAUAUAGAUAUCAGGCCAGUAGAGUGUGAUAUAGAAAAUGAUAUAGAAUGUAACAACGAAAUGUUUAGCCUUGAAUCUGUUAAAGUUGAGAAAGAGAAUUUUGAAAAUGAGAAUUACAAUUUUGAAGGGAAUGGGAAUCAUGAAACAGAAACUUCUGAAAAGAAGAUUAAAUCAAAUUCUACUGAUUGUAACAUAAACGAUGUUCGUGAAGAAAACCUCGAUUUUGAAGGCCCUUCUAUAGAAUC